AUGGCUCUCUUUGCAGUCCUUCAGACAACAUUCCUCUUGGUAUUGCUGCCCUUGGGAACUUACCAGAGAAAAGUCUCAUCUGAGCCUCUACCAUUGACUCCUGAAUCACUUAAAGUUUCCAUCAAUUCUACAUGCCAAUGUUUGAAUUUACAAUGGAGUGUCCACAACCUUCCUUAUCAUCAGGAAUUACAAAUCAUUGUUCAGAUACAGAUCAGUAGAAUUAAAACAUCCAAUGUUGUCUGGGUGGGGAACUACAGUACUACCGUGAAGCGGAACCAAGUUCUGCACUGGAGCUGGGAAUCUGAGCUCCCUUUGGAAUGUGCAACACACUUUGUAAGAAUUAGAAGUGUGAUGGAUGAUGCCAAGUUCCCCGAGCUGAAGUCCUGGAGCAAAUGGAGUUCAUGGGAGGAAGUAGAUGUACAGGAUUCUCUUGGACAUGAUACAUUCUUCCUUUUCCCCAAAGACAAACUGGUGGAAGAAGGCUCCAAUGUCACCUUUUGUUACAUUUCUAGGAGCAAUCAGAAUAACAUAUCCUGUUAUUUGGAAGGCAUCCAGGUCCAUGUAGAACAACUUGCUCCAAAUGUAUCCACAUUCCACUUGAGUCGUGUUCCUUUCGUUAGGCCAAAGGGGACGAAUAUCUUUUGUGACGUGACGCAGGGAGAGGAUCCAAAAGGCACCAUUCUGUAUGUAUCAAAAGUACUUGAAGAGCUCAAGGAUUUUUCUUGUGAAACCCGAGACUUGAAGACUUUGAACUGUACUUGGGACCCUGGGAGUGACACUGCUUUGGAAAUACAGCCUUCCCAAAGCUAUACUUUAUUUGAAUCAUUUUCCCAGAAAAAGAAAGUUUGUAAACACAGAAACUGGUGCACCUGGCAAGUAUCUCAAGACUCCCAAGAAAUGUAUCACUUCACACUCAUGGCUGAAAACUACUUAAGGAAGAGAACUGUCCAUCUUGUUUUUAAACUGACUCAUCGAGUUCGUCCAAUGACUCCCCUUAAUUUCUUUCUUGAAAAUAUAAAUUCUACAAAUGCCACCAUGACCUGGAAGGUGCACCCCAUUGGGAAUUCCACAUUUUUGUGUCAGGUUGAACUCCAUCAUGAUGGACAAAUAAUACAACAGAACAAGGUUUUCAUGGAGAUGAAUGGUAAAUACCUUCUAAGUGAAAUGGAGCCUGACACACAUUAUUUGGCCCGAGUACGCUGUGCUUAUGGCAACCACUUCUGGAAAUGGAGUGAAUGGAUUGGUCGAAAAUUCACCACACUUGAAGCUGCUCCCUUGGCAGCUCUUGAUGUCUGGAGAAAUGUGAAAUCAGUGCCAGGAGGCUAUAAUGUGACAUUAUUCUGGAAGCCAUUAUCAAAAUUUCAUGCAAAUGGAAAGAUUCGCUUCUAUAAUAUAGCUGUGGAAAAUCUAGACAAACCAUCCCAAUUCAAUCUCUCCAUUCUUGCACCGAGCAAUAACACAGCUCUAAUCCUUCACAAGUAUUCUUAUCAAAUCCGCGUCACAGCCAGCAACAGUAUGGGCACUUCUCCUGCCUCAGUAAUUGUCAUCUCUGGAGACCUUGGAGACAAAGACAUUGAAGAAGAAAGAGUUAAAGGCACAGAAGAUGGAUUCUCUCUGUCUUGGAAGCCUCAAUCCGGAGAUGCCAUAGGCUAUGUUGUGGAGUGGUGUGACCAUCCCCAGGAUCCACUCUGUGGUCUCCAGUGGAAAAAACUAGGCCCCAAUACCACAAGUACAGUCAUCACCUCGGAUGCUUUUAGACCAGGGGUCAGAUACAACUUCAGAAUUUAUGAAGUAUCUACAAAAUGGAUUGCUUCUUUAUUAGAGAAAAAAACAGGAUACUCCCAGGAACUGGCUCCUUCGGACAACCCUAAAGUGGCCAUGGGUAGCUUGACAUCCCACUCCUUCACUCUGAGUUGGAAGGAUUAUUCCACUGAAUCCCAACCUGGCUUCAUAAGAGGGUACUAUGUCUAUCUGAAGUCCAGGAUGGAGCAGUGCACCUCAGGAUUUGAAAGGACGGUUCUCUCAGAUGCUCCGGCAAAUUGCGAACACAAAAUUGACAACCCAGAACAAAAGACAUUCACUGUGGAAAACCUGCAGCCAGCAUCUUCCUAUGAGGUUUUUGUCACUCCAUACACAAGCACCAGCAAAGGCCCCAAUGGUACUUUCACAAAGGUCACAACUCCAGAUGAAUACACCCAUAUGCUGAUCCGCAUCAUUCUCCCCAUGAUUCUCUGCAUUUUGUUCAUCACGAUCGUAUGCUACUUCAAAAUUCAGUGGAUGAAGGAGAAGUGUUACCCUGACAUUCCAGACCCCUACAAGAGCAGCGUCCUGUCACUGAUAAAAUCCAAGGAGAACACUCACCUAACAAUAAUGAACCUCAAAGACUGCAUUCCAGAUGCUAUUGAGGUUGUAAACAAGCCGGAAGGGAGUAAGACACAGCCCUUAGGCAUUGGGAAGUCACUCACAGAAACCGAAUUUACCAAGCCUGCGACCUACCUUUACCUCCUUCCAACAGAGGAGAAUCCCUCCGACCCAGGACCCUGCGUUUGUUUUGAGAACUUUACCUAUAACCAGGCAGCUUCUGACCUUGGUUCUUGUGGCCAUAUCCCAGUGCCACCUGAUGCCCCACCAAGUCAGCUGGGACUAUUGAACUCACCUGAAAACUUACUAAAGACACUAGAGAAAGACUACACGAACACCCUGGGAGAAAUCUCAGCUGGAGAAACUAGUUUGAAUUAUGUGUCCCAGUUGGCUUCACCCAUGCCUGGAGAUAAGGACAGUCUCCCAACCGAUCCACCAGUGCCAGCACAGUGUUCAGAGUAUAAAAUGCAAAUGGCAGUACCCCUGGGUCGGGCCUCAUCUCCCCCCAGUGAAGACAGCAGCCUCUCCUCAAUUGCCCUUUUAGAUCAAGGUGAACACUAUCGCUAACCAGCAUAUCCGUUUCAUACAUUUAUGCUACACAGGUACUAGGAGAGCUUUGCUGGCACCAUUCCAUCACCAGGUGCCCCCGUUCUUAAUCCCAGUGAGUUAUCACCAUCUGCAAGUCUGAUUUCUACAAGAACACUAAUACAUUGCUAGGUUUCAAAGCCCAUGACACUCAGUAUUCUUUCU